AUGAAACGUCUUUAUUUUAGAGACUGUAAGGUGUCUGCGAGGAAUGUCGUUCUGCGAGAAUUCGAUAACGAUGGUUUCGUAAUCGUAACGGACAGUCGCAGCAAGAAAAUCGACAAUAUAGACAAUGUUCCAUACGCUGCCAUGUGUUUCCUUUGGUAUCAUGUAAACGAACAGCAGCAAAAAAUCAUGAAACAAGUGAGAGUGGAAGGUACCAUGAAGAGAUUAGAGAAAGAAAGUUUCAAGCAUCUAUACGACAGAGAGCCCUUGUUUUGCAAGAUACGAUCCCAUAUAUGCAAUCAAGGACGCGAUGUCAAUUGGGAAGAACUGAAGCAACGACACGAUGAAAUAUUAGACUCGGUUCGUAGAGGGGAGAAUGAUUUACCGAUGCCGGAUCAUUUCGUUGGAUAUAAACUCUUUCCGACGAUGAUGGAAUUUUAUUUCGGGGGGGAUUGUCUUAUAGCCGAUCGUAUUUUAUAUCAGAAAGGUGCAUCGAACGAUUCUUGGGAGAAUCAUCAUAUAGCUGCAUAA